AUGGCUGCGUUGCAACGCGCGUUUUGCGGCGAAGAACGUCCGCCGUGUGCUGCAGCAAACGGAGGCACCGCUGGCGCAAAGGAGGAUUGCAACGCGCAGGAUGAUGCAGAGACUCCUCAACAGAAGGAGCAGAGGCUGUUUUCCGAGGCUGUCGUCGGCCCCUGGCUCAAAUGCCAGAAGAUUUCGGAGGCGUGGAAGAUUUGGGACAAGGGCCCCGCCUUGAUGGGCGGGAGCUCCAUUCGCGAUCUGGCGAAGGGUUAUGACUUUCUCGCAACCUUCUCCAAGUUUGGAGACCAGACAGUCGUGUUAAAUAUGCGUUCCAAGCGGUUGGGGCGGAGGAGGAAUCAGAUGCUCACCAUCGACGGUCUGCGACCAGAUGACUCCGAAGCCGCGACCGCAUAUGCUUUGGCUCUCGGUGACUGGUUGCUAUCACAGUCAUCGGAGAGCACCAUUGGGGACGGGAAUGUCGUCAGUGUCUUGCAAAAGAGAAAGCGUGAGGUUUCUGGAGAUGACGGGAUCACUGCGAACGAGGGUUCACGCAACAGGAUUGUCUACCUUCUGGUGGAAGCAAAGGCGCGCGAUGAUGCAUGGGCGCAAUCGAUCGUAGGUGCGGACGCAUGGCCCAACAUCAAGGAACGGGAGGCCGAGCAGAUGGCGAAGAAACGAAAGAGGAAUCACAUCCCCCCUCCAGAGCCAUAUGUUGGGCAUCGCUCGUGA